UGGGUGAGCUUGCUGGAGACUCCAGUUGCUGGCUGGACUGACACGCUCUGAGGAACCAGCUGGACAGGAGCUACUGUCGACUUCAGAGUCCAAAGGCUUGGCUGGUGCAUCUCCUUGGACAAACCCAGCUCACACCCUGCUGGGCAAAGGAGGAAAAGCCAGAGGAGCCAGGACCUUGAAUGACAGGCAACACCCGGUAACAGGACGAGAAGUUCUGCUCAGGCACGUGGCCACAAACACCUAGUUAGGAAGCCUGCGGCGCGUGUAACAGCUCCUGGAGGACCCCACGGCUCCUGUGAGGCGAGCCCCAAGGAUGAGGCUGCUCAAGCUGCUGAUUUUCCUGGCCCACUGGGGAGUCGCCAGGGCUGGACUAGGGAAGUUCUGGCACAUCUCUGACCUGCACCUGGACCCUGACUACAAGGUCUCUGAAGACCCCCUCCAGGUGUGCCCAUCAGCCGGCUCCCAGCCAGUGCCCAGUGCGGGCCCCUGGGGUGACCACCUCUGCGACUCUCCCUGGGUCCUCAUCAACUCCUCCAUCUACGCCAUGAAGGAGAUCGAGCCAGAGCCAGACUUCAUCCUCUGGACUGGUGACGAUACCCCUCAUGUGCCCAAUGAGAAGCUGGGAGAGGCAGCCGUGCUGGAAAUUGUGGAACGCCUGACCAAGCUCAUCAGAGAGGUCUUUCCAGACACUAAAGUCUAUGCUGCUUUGGGAAAUCAUGACUUUCACCCCAAAAGCCAGUUGCCGCCAGGGAGCAACAACAUCUACAAUCAGGUAGCAGAAAUGUGGAGACCCUGGCUCAGUAACGAGUCCAUCGCUCUCUUCAGAGAAGGUGCCUUCUAUUCUGAGAAGUUGCCGGGGCCGAGCGGGGCUGGGCGAAUUGUGGUCCUCAACACCAAUCUGUACUAUAGCAACAAUGAGCAGACAGCCGGCAUGGCUGACCCCGGCCAGCAGUUCCAGUGGCUGGAAGACGUGCUGACCAACGCAUCCCGAGCUGGGGACAUGGUGUACAUUAUUGGUCACGUGCCCCCGGGGUUCUUUGAGAAGACACGGAACAAAGCGUGGUUCCGGGAGGGCUUCAACGAGGAGUACCUGAAGGUGGUCCAGAAGCACCAUCGGGUGAUCGCAGGGCAGUUCUUCGGGCACCAUCACACUGACAGCUUUCGAAUGUUCUAUGAUGAUGCAGGACAUGGUGACCUACUUCGUGAACCUGAGCCAGGCGAACGCGCAGGGGGCGCCAAGCUGGGAGCUCGAAUACCGGGUGACGGAGGCCUACGGGGUGCCCAACGCGAGCGCCCGUUCCAUGCACGCGGCCCUGGACCGCAUCGCCAACGACCAGGGCGCGCUGCAGCGCUACUACGCCUACAACUCGGUCAGUUACGACUUGCAGGCCUGCGGCGAGGCCUGCCGCACCGAGCACGUGUGCGCGCUGCGCGAGGUGGCCUUCGAUGCCUACUCCGCCUGCCUGCGCGCCCCCGGCGCCGCGCCCGCGCCCCGGCUCGCGCUCCUGUUCACGGCGCUGCUGGGCCUGCGCGCGCUGCUGGCACCGUGACCUUAGGUGCCGCCGGCUGGCUCGCCAGGCUCGCCCUUCCGGUGGUAAAUGGGGGCAGCGUCACCCCGAGAGCUGGACUUUUCCACCAUUUUCCCCGCAUCCGUACAGUGAACUGGGGUGGGACAGCCAGAUCAGGAAAUGAAGCCCCAAAGAGCCCACCAGAAGCACGUUUCUUUCAAGUUUCAUGUUUUAUCCAAAAAAGAAUGCUUAUCGUGCAUCUUAUUCUGCGUAUUAUUCCUUUUAAUAUGUACAUAACGUUUAAAGCAACUCCCUUGCAGCUACCGAACGUCCUCCCCUCCCCCCCGGUGCAGAUAAUCAAAGUGAAACGAACCACCAGGAAGAUGCGCCUUCUUGGUCCUGUGCCCUUGGUACUGUGCACAGGGCCCGAACUCCAGGUGCACUUAGUUUGAG